AUUUGACAUGUACAUUAAUAUAGCUUUUCGCUGUGAAAGCUUUACCGGGAAAAUAAAGAAGAAAACAGACGGGUGAAACAGAAAGCAUGAAUAACAAUUACAUGCGUCAGAGGAGGCGGUCCUAUAGUGACGAAAAACGGCCACGAUCUGAUCAUCUGCCCCUCAGAAAGUUUCCUAGAAAACGUCCAGAGUCACAAAGGGAUGAACAUUUUUUGAAAUGUUCCGAAAAGCGCAGUUCCAUUGAGUCUUUAAACGCUGUUUUUUCUGAUGUUGAUAGUGACGACUCGUUUCAGAAAGAGGUGGCUGAAAAAACACAAGUGUAUUUUAUCGUAAAGCAAGACGCAGAGAUCGAAGUCACGCUUGACAGAAUUAUUAAAAAGGAGGGCAGUAUUGACCGUGCAUUGCUGUACAUAGUAUCAAAAUUAGACCCAGAAAACAAAGUACAAAUGCUAAUCAAUAGCUUACUUCACCGUGGUGCUAACUCCUCUGCUAGCAACAAGGAUUUGUGGACACCAUUACACUAUGCCGUCAAGAAAAAGUAUAAAGGUGUCUGUUCUAAACUAUUGGAGCACCAAGCCUGGCCAAAUGCCCGUGACAAAAAAGGAGUUAUGCCUUAUACAAUUGCCUUCGAGGAUGUAAAUGACGACAUUGCUGCGAUGCUUAUUACACACAUGAGUAAUGAUUAUGUCAGAAAGAUACACACCGGUAAUGGGAAUGCGUCAGCAGAAUUUAGUUUUCAUACUCUCCUGGACAAAAAAAUGGAGAACACAGUCAUGGCCAUUUUGGAUUGCAUGAUAGACCCAGUCAGCCCCAGCGGUGAUGUUUGUGUUUAUUAUAAUGUUCUAGAAGCAGAUGAAAGUGGACGAGUUCCGAAGGAUUCAAAUUUCAAUCCACGAUCAAAGUCUGGUCUUCAAAAAAUAGCAAAGAGUGGGAAUAAAACUUUAGUCUACCAUGAUGUUGUUCGUUUACUCAUACGCAGGAAGUGGAAAGAAUAUGCUAGACUCCGUUUUCUAAUUAACUCGAUGUUCUAUCUGUUUUCCCUAAUAACCCUUACAUUUUCCGCCAUUGUUGCCAGUUCUACAUCUGAUCCAUCAGUUUACGAUAACUCCUUUUUGCAAAUUGCGCGCGCAUUAUGCGAAGUUUGGUCGCUUGGAAUGGCCAUCCUUGUCCUUUUUUCAGAAUUAAAUCAACUGCGUAAACACCGAUUGGAAUAUUGGCAGGAUGCUUUUAACUAUGUUGAUCUUUCAUCGUCCAUUUUGAUAAUUCUGAUACUGCCACUACGAUUUACCCAAACGUCCGAGCAAUGGUUUGUUUUCUCAGUUGCAUAUCUCUUGUGGACGAUGAGAAUUUUCAAAUAUGCUGCUGUUUUUAGACAAACGGGAGCCUAUGCCCAGAUAUUAUGGAGGAUUCUUAGGAACGACAUUUUCCAGUUUACCACAUUCUUUCUAUUCAUUCUCUUGGCCUUCAGUGGUUGUCUUCUGUUGUCACUUCGUGGAGAAGGCUCAUUAAAACAAUUUCGUGAAAGCAGUUCCUUUUGGUCAAUCCUAUUUCUUGGUGUAAGGAUUCUUAUAGAGGCUGAGAGAAUUAUAGAUUAUACUGAACUUCAGACUAUGAGUCUUAUCAUCAUGGCGGUAUUUUUGUUUACAAUCUGCGUCCUUCUUCUAAACAUUCUGAUAGCUCAACUCAGUGACACUUACCAAAAUGUCCAACAAGAUGCUCAGAGGGGGGUAGAGGUCGACAGGGCCUGGAUUGUUGCUAGGGUCGAACUAAAUAGUCUUCUUUUUGGGAAGGGACAUAGAAUAACACAUUACAAAGAAAGUGAAAACAUACAUGAUAUAAGAGAUGUGCUAGAAAAAUGGGAAUGUCCUCCACUGAACGAAAUCAACAAGGGUAUUCAAAAUAUAUUCGAAGAUCUUGGUUCUCACAAAAUAAACCUUUUGACAAUUAAAAAAAGAGUGGCAAGACAAGAAGCGACCUUGUCUAAAAUACAAAUCAGUCUGGAUAAGCUUUUGGAACUGGAGGAAAAGAGACAAAGGCAAAAUCUCCGACAUUCAUUUACCUUUUAGAUAUGAACCUUUAAAGCCCUGAUUAUUUAUACUAUUUUCCGUGUGAUAAAACAUUCGUUCUUCUU